AUGAGCGAAACCCAGGACAAACAGCAAAAUCAAUCCCAAGGAAAGCGUAAAUUCGAAGGCCCUAAGCGUGAAGCCAUUGUUAACCUGGCCAAAUAUGCCGACACAAAAAUUCGCGUAAAAUUGAUGGGCGGAAGAUUAGUGAUUGGAACAUUAAAGGGCUACGAUCAACUGAUGAACCUGGUUUUAGACGAGACUACAGAGCAUUUGAGAGAUCCCGAGGAUGAUACCAAGAUCAUAGAAGGUAAGACGCGAGACCUGGGCCUAGUGGUUAUUAGAGGUACUAUGCUGCUGACCUUGAGCCCGCUUGAUGGAUCCGACAUUAUAAGCGGUCCUUUCGUGGAGUAA